AUGCAUCGACCUGUCCCUCUGUUUUCAGUGUUAUUUCAUGGUGUUUUUACAAAAAAGGAGAGACGAGAGGCACGACUUAAGGCCAAGAAACACGCUGAUGUUGUGCCAACCCUUCUUGCCGAUUGGGAAGUUCUGCGUCGAGACGAGACGGCAGCUGAGAAGAAAUACGAUCUUGUCGAAAAAAUGCUUGUCGCAACAAAGGGCAAGUUAGUUGACCUCUGCCGAGCAAGAGACACAUCGCGCAUUGUUGAGUCGAUGAUCCAAUUGGGCACGGAGGCACAACGCUGGAGCAUUUUCGCCGAGUUGAAGGACCGCCUGCGCUACCUGGCCAUGUCCCAAUACGCCAAGCACGUUGUCCUGAAACUCAUCAACUACGGUGCCAAGGAGCACCGACUAGAACUCUUCAAGAUUUUUCGGGGUCACGUGGCCAAGAUGUUGCGCCACAAACACGCCGCCGAGGUGAUCGAAUUGCUCUACAACGACUACGCGACAGCCGCCCAGCGCGCGCUCAUCCUGCAGGAGACCUACGGUCACCAACACGCCCUCCAACUCACCGCCAACAACGUCCAGCGUCUGGAGGAGGCUCUCGACCUCAAUCCCGACAAACGGCAGAUCAUUCUCGCCAAUUUGAAUGACCUCCUCGUCACUAUGGUUUCCAAGGGCCUGAUGCGACUGAGCAUUGUCCAACACCUCCUACUGGAAUAUCUGACAGUCAUGCUGAAGUCCACAGAUCUACUCAAACUCCAGACGGUCUCAACGCCCAAGACAACCACAAAGUUGGUUCUCGGUGAAAACGAGGACAACGAGGUGGAAGAGGAGGAGAAGGAGGCCGCGAAACAAGCCGAGGCGUCAGAGGGUCCGCGCCGCGAAGAUCGUCUGGAAGUCCUAGUAGAGACUCUUCUCGAGGCCGGCAUCGUCUCCAUGUUGCACACACGCGAGGGCGUCAAAGCCGCCCUUGCAGUCCUCUGGAUCUGCCCCCCGAAAGACCGCAAGACGCUACUGAAGUCGCUCAAAACCUGCAUCGUCUCCACUGCCGAGAACGAACACGGUCACAUCUUCCUAAUGGGCCUGUUGGACGCCGUUGAUGACACCAAGUUGUUAGCAAAAACCGUAAUAAAGGAGCUGCUUGAUGACCUGGAGGAUGUGGUGGCCCAUCCCCACGCGCGGAAGGUCAUACUUUACGCGCUGGCGCCACGCGACCGGCGACACUUUGCUCCGGCCCUGCUGGACGCCCUGAUCGCACCCGGGGACGAGUCGCCCUUCACAAAGAAACCGCUCGCCGUUCGAGCCCUCGAACUGCGCGCUCCGCUCGUCGGACUGAUGCCAGAAUUGCUGCGGCUGGCCGCGUCGGACGAACACCUGAUUCCCCUCUUCGUCGGCAACGCCGAGAACCCCGCGCCGCUCGAGGAUCGAUCUAGGAUCGUGCUGCUUGCUGAGAUUCUCAUUCGAAGCUCUGUUUACGAACUCGAGUUAUCAAACGCGAUGUCGCAGUUCAGGCGAACCGGUUCUAAGGAGGAGGAUCGCCUCUCCGUGGCGCGUGACAAGACAGCGCCCAUCUUUACAGCCGCCGAUUUGGAGGAGUUGGCGCGGUUGAGAGAAGCUGCUCUCCGAAAAUUCGUCACCGCAGUUCUCGCUGGUCCCGACUUCAAGCCGGUUGGCCUGAAGCCACUCUCACGUGACUCGGUCGCGUCUGCUGAGGCAAGGCGGCACCUCCAAGCCCAGCGCAGGAAGCGCGCUCUUGCCAUCGCUGAGUCAGAAGGAAUCAAGAAGCGCAAAGUGGUAAGUCUGUGGCGCAACCGUGACCUGCAGCUUCGCGAGUCUUCAUGUUCAGCGUCGUUUUCUCGCUUCGGCGAAAUUAACAAAGGGAUAGUGCGUUUUGACGUUUCAACUGAUCUCUUUCAGACUGUGAAGGCCUUUGAGAACACCGAGGAGGAGGAGGAAGGGGCGGCCAAUGAGGCCUGUCCGGAACCCAUGGACACCUCAGCAACCUCCGAGGGUGGUCUCCCUGUGGACGCUCCCUUUCUGGAACGUCCCGAGGGCCAGCUUCUCGUCAGUCGAAUACUUCAGAGCGAAAAGAAGAGUGACUCGCGUAAGCUUCUAACCCUCCACCCAUUUUCACUUCAGUGUGAACUGUUGUAUGUGUUUGUGCCUUGUGGCGUGUCCUGUGCAGGAGGGAAGUACGCGAGAGCAGUGUCUCCGUACGAUUUCGGGCGUCUUAUUUGUGAGUUGGUCCCGGAGCAGACAAUGCAGGCGUGGCUUACAUGCAAUCGGUCGUGUUUCGUGUUGGUAAAACUUUACGAGCUGGGAAACGCGUCCAUCUGCAAGCAGCUGGAGGAGGUUUUGAGUAAAAGACAUGAUUUAAUCACUGUUUCCCCGCUCCCUGGAGCAAAGGUCCUUGCAAAACAUCUUAACUUAAAGUAA